GCGUUGCAGCGUGUGUGUGUGACAGCGUGUGUGUCUGUGUGCAUGUGUGUACGUGUGUGUACGUGUGUGUGUGGAGGCGCCACGUCGGCAGAACAGUCAGAGGCAGAGAAGCUGCUGCAGCCUGAGUCCUAGUCUGAGAAGUUCUGACGCUGCUGCUGCUGCGGAUAAAUGCGAUAAAACCCGAAACCUCCCCGAGAAGAACCGACGACCUUUCACCGCCCGAGCUGCAGCUUUCACCCGCAAACACAUCGGUCAAACUGCGGCAGAGUUUUGGCUCCGAGGCUGAAACAGAAGCUGCUCCGGGCUCGAGUUUCUCUCAGGUGUGUUUGCAGGAGAAACACAGGGAACAAUGGUGAAGAAUGUGAACAGUGUGAACGUGGAGCCCCAGCCUGGGACCAGCAUGGCUUUGGAAGAAGCUGAACCCACUGAACAACUGAACAACCAGCCCACAGAGGAAUCUGGCAAGGACCAUGUGGUGGCUCCCCCCGGCAUGAUGUGGCGGGUGACCGGCGGCCUCUUCAAUGUCACCAAGGGUGUCGUGGGUGCUGCGGUGGGCGGAGUGGCCUGGGUGGGCGGCAAGAGCCUGGAGAUCACCAAGUCGGCUGUGACCACGGUGCCUUCGAUGGGCGUGGGGCUGGUGAAGGGCGGGGUGUCGGCCGUGGCCGGUGGCGUCUCCACGGUGGGGUCGACGGUAGCCAGUAAAGUCCCGUUCACGGCCAAGAGGAAAGACAAAGCUGAGUGAAGAGUUGGAGAAGGAGGAGGAGGAAGAGCAUGAUGAUGAUGAUGACGAUGAUGAUGAUGAUGGACUUGCCCCGCCCUGAGCCAACAGAGAGAGGCCGCCUGCAGAUCUCUGUCUGCCAAUCAGACUCCACAGUGCCUUCAGAGGCCUUUCUUGGCCUUGAACAUAAUAGUCUUGUCACCAUACCGAGAUGUCGACUUUGAUGCAUAUAACUACAGUCGUUUCCUUAAAGUUCAGUAGUACUACUUUACCAUGGCAACCCAUUAUUACCAGGAAGAAAUGCUGAGUCACCAAAACUCUGUGUACAACCCCUGCCUGACCUGGAGCGGUGUUUGUACGGCUGGAACUAAAUAUGUCUCCAGGAAGAUUACAUGGACUGGGAUCCACUGCAGCUCGUGGUGAACUUCUUGAUGCUGUUGAAUAUUUUUAUCUGUUGUUUAUCUGACUGAUGCUCAAUCUUUCCUUCACUCUCUCCAGUCAACACACGUUUGGUGAAAUGUUUCCUGAAUCAAAACGCUGAAGACUUUUAGUCUUUUUUUUUUCUUUUUUUGCAUUGGACAAAAAUAGUGUGUUGUGAAAAGUCAAAUAUUUCAACAUUGGAAAAUUAGGGAUCAGUGUUGUUCAGUCUACAUCCUUCACUGUGUCUGACCUUUACCCUUUUAAAGAGCCCUGGGCGCUUUUCUUUUUUUCUUUUUUUUUACCCAGCAGCCCCCAGUCAACAUGUAGGAACAUUUAUCUGUAAUGUCUGAAGACUGUAAACACACACAAUCACAUGUACAGUGACAAUGGGCUCAUGUCUUUACCACAGCUAUGAUAUUCUUAAAGUUUUCUGUUCAUCUCAAAUGUUGAAAUGUUGCGUCAGACUCUAAUAAAUGGAAUUUUUAGGAUUAAAGAAGAAAACAUUCUGCAGCCUUUUAAUCAUUGACCGUUUGUGAGAGUUAAAGGGCAGAAUGUUGUCUGGAGACAGUAAAGGUUGAACUGUACCUUUAAAUGAGAAGGGGAACACGUUUAUAUGCAAUAGCAGCAUUUCAAUGCAACAUUAGAGUGAGUGGGAGUUGUUGCUGAUUGGACUUAACUAUGUGAAUGUCUUGUUUGUGUUUUUUCAAUAUAUCAAUAAAGUAGUUUGGAAAGUAAAAAAUAUCUUUAACAUAAAA